AUGCCCGGUGUACCUACCUUCCGUGGCUGUGACGCUUGCCACAGGCAAAAGAAAAAGUGUGACCAAGCUUCACCCCGGUGCGCCAGAUGCGCUCGUCUGAAGAUUCCUUGUACCGGAAAAGGUCAACUGCGAUACAAGUUCAAAGAACAAGGCAUCACAUUUGCUCUGGCCAAGACGCUUCCGUCCAAAAGCUCAUCCCCAAAGUCUCUGUCGCCCCCAGCUUCGCCCAGCAACGAAAUCACCAGACUGUCCGGUCGGUUCGCUUCUGCCCUCCAGAUUGAUGAUCCGCAGUUUGACUUGAAGUGUUUGGGAGACUGGUUCGCUCGCAUCCCUAACCACACGGGAAGCUCCGAACUUUUGGACAACGCCACAGAGACCUUUCUCGAUGCGUUUGAUGACCUGCGCAGCGGCCAACAGUCUCUGAAGACGCUUUCAAAAUACGGCAAGGCUCUCACUUCUCUCACAAUUGCUCUGCAAGAUCCACAGCAGACAAAGUCCCCCUAUACCCUCUGCUCAAUCUUCAUGAUCAUGAUGGCGCAGAUGUGGGCGUCCAAGUCGGCACAGGGCUACAUGAGCCAUAUGGAAGCCAUCUGCCACAUACUCAACUCGACAAUCGACGAGCCGUGGAACGAUUCCUUUACCCAUUCACUACGCUACCACCUAAUCAUCCCGGUAUGUAUCGAAUCUUUGCUCAACCCGAACAUCACCAUCGAUGGAAGAUACCUCCAGAUUUUGAAGACGGGUGUUGGCCCGUACCAAUCACUAGAUGAGGAAAAGGGCCAACCCAUUGAAAGCCUAGACUUGCCUUACCUGAUGCGCUUCCCGUAUCUCCUCCGCGAACCAGAGCGGCAUCGCAGCGAGAUGAAGCGCGAAUAUUUGCGAAUGCAGGUUGAGUGUCCAUUUGUGCGCCGCCGACUAAUGGAUCUCACAAACAUGGUCAAGGCAACGAGGAAAACGAAGGCAGCUCUCGUCAGAGCACAAAUACAAAUGGGUGUCGCCUACACCAUCCAGCUGUGCUUUACGCUUGUCGUCAACGCCUUCCUAUCAGCUAUGGACCCCACGAACAUUAGACUUCAGGAAGAAGCUCUACAAUACUCGCAGGAAGCCAUCUGGAUCACACGCAUCUCGGGCAGACAGCUACCGAUUGGGGCUGGCUUUAUGCCCGCAGCUUUGUUCUCGGCGUGGAUUGCCACAGAUGACAGCCAAGUCAUCUCCAGCAUUGCUUCGACCAUGAAGGAGUACGAAAACUACUGGGCUGAGCCAAAUUACGUGAGGCAGUUCAGGGCGAUAAAGGAGCGCGUCCGCCAGAUACGCGACAGAAAACUGGAAGAACUCCGCGCCGGCGGCCUACAGGGGAUGGACGUCACUGACUUUACAACAACCGAUGGCCUUGCAUAUACCUGGGGCUUGGAUUCCUUGACGGUAGACCCUGCGUCUCUACACAAUGGGGACGCUAGGAGCUUGGCAUUGGAGCCCAGUCGUGUACAGGAGCAGGCGCAAGUGGAAUAUUAUAGCUGGGACCCCAGUCCUCACAAUUGCAGUAAGCGAUAUUACGCCAUGUUUACCCAUAAUAUCUUGGCGAUUAACGAGCCGGCUGCCCAGUGCAAGACGCUUGUUGGAGAGGGGCCGGUUGCAAUACCCGGGGAUGGCUGGAUUCAGGGCUAG